ACGUGCAGACAGACAUGAACAUUCCCUGGUAAAGAAAGAGGAAGUUUCCCGAUCCAUUCAAAACAAGAACAGUCUCCUGCUGGAGCCGGUGGAGGUCAAGAUGCUCCUGAGAAGCUUGUGCCUGGCCCUGCUGCUGCUCCUGGUCCUGGUGGAGGCUCAGUAUGAGAAGUACAGCUUGAGAAGUUUCCCCCAGAAAGACAUCAUGCCGCUGGACUCCUCAUACAACUACGCGCUGGAGCAGUAUGGGGCGCAGAACUGGGCAGAGAGCAUCAAGUACCUGGAGCUCAGCCUGCGGCUCCACCGGCUGCUGCGGGACAGCGAGGCGUUCUGCAGCCGCAACUGCAGCUCCGUCAGUCGGGAUAACGACACCGUGUUUAGCGACAGUAGCCUCAGCGUCGUGCGCCACAUCCUACUGAGGGCUGCGUGCCUUAAAAAGUGCAAGGCGGAUUUUCCAGUGUUCAACCUCACGUAUCCACGAAGGGAUUUACUGGAAACCUUCGAGAAAAGAGUACCGUAUCGGUACAUACAGUAUGCGUACUUCCAGCUUAACAACUUGGAGAGGGCUGUGUCAGCUGCUCACACCUUCCUGAAGAAGAACCCAACAGAUCCAUAUCUGUCCAAAAACAUGAAGUAUUACAAGACGCUGUUUGAUGUGGAAGAAUAUCUCAUCGACCACGAGGAGCAGCCGUAUGAAAGUGUUUUCCUUAAGAGUGUGACGCUUUACAACAACGGAGACUUCAGCAGCAGUGCUCGAAACAUGGAGCAGGCCAUCACGCAUUACUUUGAAGUAUACGCUCUCUGCUUGGCCGGCUGUGAGGGCUCGUAUGAAAUCUUAGAGUACAAAGACUUCUAUCCCACCAUGGCAGAUCUCUUCACUGAUGUCCUGAAAUGUAAAGUAAAAUGUGAAGAGAACCUGACACCCAAUGUUGGAGGCUUCUUCGUGGAGAAGUUUGUCGCCACCAUGUAUCACUACCUCCAGUUUUCCUAUUAUAAACUGAACGAUGUUAAAAACGCUGCUCCGUGUGCAGCCAGCUACAUGCUGUUUGACAAUAAGGACCAGGUGAUGCAGCAAAAUGUAGCGUACUACCGCUUCUACCGGCAGCAGUGGGGACUGGAGGAGAGGGACUUCCAGCCUCGGCCUGAGGCUCUGAGGUACUUUAACGAGACAAACAAGCAGAAAGAGAUGCUGGAGUUUGCACUGAACUACCUACAAAUUGAUGAUGAGGGCGAGGUGAGUCCAGAAGACCUGGUCUCCUCACACGCGGAGGAUCCUGACGCUGAGUUUGAGGGGAUGGGAGACUACGAGGAGUCCUUCUUGGCUGAGUGGUGGCAGGAACCCAAAACUAAGUGGGACGCCGGAGAGAUCUCAGACUGACAUCUGUCCUCAUCUCCUGUGCAGAAAGCUUCCUCAUCCGGCUCCGUCCCGCCUCUCCUGACCAUGAACCAAAGAGUGUUGACCUCCACACAGACAGAAGCCCACAAUCCCAACAGUAUUUAGCAGGAAAAGCACAAAUCAGCUGUGUACUUCCACCCAGCUGAAGAAUAAUAGGUCAAACUUAUCCGUCAUGUUGAUUUAAGAUGAGAAAAUCGACGUAUUCUGUCUUGGCUGUCAUCAGCCCUUUUAAAACUGUUAUUUUAAUAAUCAUUGCCAAUCCCUGUCAAUGACUUUUCUACAGUUUUUAUUUACAGUUUUAAUUUAAUGAAAGCUGAAUGCCUGUGUGCCAUGGUGCAAGGAAUGACAUGGAGCUUUUCUUAUGCUGAACGAUUUGUCAACCACCAACCAAUUGGGUUGUUGUUGUAAUAAUUUUCUCAUAAUUAAAAUAAUAUUUUAAUAUACUUUUUUUUUGUUUUUGUCAAUUGAUACUGAGUUCCAGCUUUACAAAUUUUAGGAUUCUUUUGCUUUUUUCUGUUGAAUAUUCAGGUUUUUGCUAAGAUUUCAUAGACACAAAAAAUCUGAUCUUCAGAGUUUCAAAAAGAUCUUCAAACUCUGCCUUCAUUUUGGCUUCAGCUACACACCUGUAGAGUUUUGUGACUGCAUCUUGCACGGUUAUAUGAAGUGGGAACCACUGGGGGUGAAAAGUUAAGCAAACACAGAAGCAGUCUCACAGUGUAUUAAUAUUCUGGGAUAAGGUGUAAAAAAGAUCCGGUUUGUUCAUAUUUCUUUAAACCAAUCACAAUCAUCUUCCAUCAACAAAUUUCGAUGUACAUUUUGAAGAUUUACAUGAGAAAAGCUUUAUGGAAACACCAAAAUCCGAUAAAACUUUAGAAAAUGUGCAUAAAAGUUUGUUUUUUUUGACGAUCGCUUGAGGUGUUUUUUUAGUUGUUUUUGAAAAACAGUUAAUACUCUAAACGGGAGAUGGAAGCGUUUGCUUAUAAUUAGUUCUGACGUAGCGAACGUUUAGCUCCCAAGACUGAUCGGCUGUUUUCAACAUAAAGGAACAAAAAAAAAAGAACAUGAAUGAAC